AUGGCCGAGCCCAGAACCCUCCGCCUGCGACUCUCCGCACGCAAACCCUCCCACCACUCCCUCGAGCUCUCUCUCAAGCCAUCCGAAUCGGGCGGGUGGAGCUUCCUCCAAACCUUAUCCGAAUCCGACCCGACUCCUCCUUCUUCCCCAAUCCUAAAACCCGCUUCCCCUCCGUACGCGGCAAAACGCUCCUCCCUCAGCGACAAAUCACUCCAGCUCUGCACCGAAAAUCUCGGAUCCGAAACCGGGUCCGACAGCGCCUCCGCCACCGACGAUGACCGGAAUUACCUCUUCUCCCCUUCGCCGCCACGGGAAGCUGGUCCCCAACCGGAAUCGAAUUCGCCGACGCCCACCACGGCGGUGGAGGCAUCGCGGCCGGCGGCGGCUCGCCGGGAUUUCCCGCCGCCGCUGACGACGAUGAGGGGGCCGGAGCUGGUCCGGUUGAGGAGGCCCCACAGGGAAGGAGGGAGGCUGGUGAUCGAGGCCGUCAAGUGUCGAUCCCAGCCGUCGUGUUUCGAGGCGGAGAGGAUCGACGGCCGAUUGAGGCUCCACGUGGUCAGGGACUCUUCCGAGUUUGACUCUUCCUCCUCCUCCGUAACCGCCAGCGAGAAAAUUGCGGAAGGGAAUGGAGAAAUCCUUAGCCGGCGAGAAGGAGAAGAGAGAAUGACGGAGAGUGAGAGUAGUAGGAGGAGGAAUAACAGAUACUCCAACACCGCCUGGAGAUGCGUAGCAGGAGGGGGACAGUAUGACAACAAGAAUGGGAAAGGCUUGUUCAACUGGGAGCCGUUUUGGGCUGCUACGGCGUCGCUUCAAGUUUGA